AUGGGCAAAUUACUCCAAUUGCUUGCCCAUCCCACAGAACUUAGGGCGGCAGUCCAGUAUUUCUGUUUCAAAUCGUCCAUGUACCCCUUGGACCUCAAAAAUGCUCCUGAAUCUUUGAAAAAGUGCUAUGUUUUCUUGAAACUUACAUCCCGGUCCUUUGCGGCAGUCAUUGAAGAGUUGCAUCCCGAAUUGAGAGACGCAGUCAUGAUUUUCUACUUGGUGUUGAGAGCCUUGGACACUGUGGAAGACGACAUGACCAUUGAUCCCAACGUGAAAGUGCCAUUGUUGAGAAGUUUCCACGAAAAAUUGCUGCUCAAGGACUGGAACUUUGAUGGCAACGGACCUAACGAAAAGGACAGAAUCGUGUUGGUGGAAUUCCACCACAUCUUGACCGAAUUCCACAAGUUGAGGCCAGAGUACCAGGACAUUGUGAAAAAGAUCACCAAAAAGAUGGGAAACGGCAUGGCCGACUACAUUUUGGACGAAAAUUUCAACACCAACGGGUUGGAAACCGUCAAAGACUUUGACUUGUACUGUCACUAUGUGGCUGGGCUUGUGGGCGAAGGCUUGAGUGAUCUCUUAGUUUUGGCUCGUUUCGCCGACAACCAAGUGCAAGCUGAAAACUACAGAUUGUCUGAAUCCAUGGGCUUGUUUUUGCAAAAGACAAACAUCAUCAGAGACUACCACGAGGAUUUGGAGGAUGGCCGUUCUUUCUAUCCGAGGGAGAUUUGGUCCAAAUACACAGACAGUUUGCCCAAUUUUUUCAAGAAGCCAGAGGAGCGAGAGAAAGGUGUCGAGUGCAUUAACGACUUGGUUUUGAACGCGUUAAACCAUGUCAUUGACGUUUUGACAUACUUGUCUUUGAUCAGAGAAUCGACCUCUUUCAACUUUUGUGCCAUUCCGCAAGUGAUGGCCAUUGCCACAUUGGCGGAGAUCUACAACAACAAGAAAGUCUUGGAAACCAAUGUGAAAAUCAGAAAGGGCACAACAUGCAAGUUGAUUCUCAACUCGAGAACUUUGCCCGGUGUGGUGGAUAUCUUUAGACAUUACGUGCGGGUGAUAAACCAUAAGUCCGAUGUCAGAGAUCCAAACUACUUGAAGAUUGGUAUCAAGCUUGGUGAGAUUGAACAGUUCUGCGAGACCAUGUAUCCUCACAAGGCAUCAUUGCCUCCAUAUGUCCAGCAGAAGCGUAAACCUAUCAACGAAAAUAUCAUCAACCGGGGCAAUUUCGAUAGAGAUGGCGCUGCUAUGAUCAGUGUGGAAGAAUUUAAGUGCAACAUUGCCCUUGCAAUGGGCGCAACGACUAUUGCUGCUUUGGUGUUUUUCCUUUAUAGUGCUUUGUUUUAG